AUGGUGACUGCGGCCUUUAGAGUUUUGAUUCACAUUAUUCCAGCGGAAGAUUCUCAAAUGGAGAUGAAGGCAGCUUACAAAUCCGGAGAGAUCCACGACCAGGAACCACCGAUAACGUUAGAGAAGAUCAAAACCAAAUUGAAAGAGAGUGAGAUCUUCAACUGGGAGGAUCCAACUCUUACCGAGAGGGAGAAAAAGGAGAUGAACAAGUUGUUUGAUGCUGUGGAGAUUAUGACAACCUCUCGCAACCGUCAGCCCUCAGGUGUUCAAAACAUGUUCUCCUCACUCCGUCUAGUUGAGAGGGUCGUCAAGAAACAGUUGAAAGAGGGGCAGAUCUCCGAAGAACUUGCUAACAAGUUUAACUGGGAAAAGCUAACUACCCGACAGAGGCGUGACAAUCAGCCGACGUACUACUUGGACAAAAGUACAAAUAUGAGAAUGUUUAACUUACAUUAA